ACAAGCUGGGAGACGCGGAAGAAUAAUUGGUAUUUUAUUGUUUUUUUUUAUUUUUCUGUGUGUGUUUGAAUUUUUGAGGUUUGUUUCAGCAGAUGGCAGUAGCAGCCACCACUCAGAGAACAGAGGAAAAAGAGGACGAAGAAGAAAGCAGCAGGUGUGAUGCGAGCUCCUCUGCGCUGGGUGCUAUGGGAUGUGAAGGACACCCUGCUGAAGGUGCGUUCAUCUGUAGGAGAGCAGUACUGCAAGGAGGCAGAACGUAUGGGCUUGAGCCUCAGUCCUGUGGAGGUCGACGCUGCUUUCCGGCAGGUGUAUCGACAAUAUUCCAAUAGAUACCCAAACUAUGGGAUCCGUCAGGGUCUAGAUGGACAGUCGUGGUGGAGGGGGGUGGUGCGGGACACUCUCUCUCAGUGCGGUGUACAGGAAUCAGCCUUGCUGAACACAGUAGCCAACAAUCUUUACCAUAACUUCUGCAGCGCAGAUAACUGGGAGGUAUUUCCAGACUCAAAGAAGGCCCUGGAGAGUUGUUCUUCUCUUGGACUGAAGCUGGGUGUGGUGUCCAACUUUGACAACCGCCUGGAAGCAAUCUUACAUGUUUGUGGCCUGCUGUCAUACUUUAGCUUUUUAAUAACAUCAGAAGAGGCUGGUGUAGCAAAGCCCAGUCCGGCCAUCUUUAAUCAGGCACUACAAAAAUGUGGUGUGCCAGCUGACAGUGUAGCUCAUAUUGGGGACCAUUAUGUUAAUGAUUACCUCACUUCUCGGUCUAUGGGUAUUCACGGCUUCCUUUUAGAAAGACAUAAGGAUGACCAACUAGAUGUUCCUCAAGAGCAUCGGCUGAGCUCACUGGACGAGCUGCCGUCACGGCUCCAGCAGCAUAUGAACUAACAUGAGUCAUAGUGUCAAGUGCAAAUCUACUCAGAAUAACGCUGGUUCAAUUAUGGAAAUAAUUUAUGGGCUGUUGACUUACGUAUAUCAAACUACUCCAUCCUCAUAAGACAAAUGAAAUGCUGAUUAGAAAAAUAUAGACAAAUCCUGAAGAUCAUGGGUAGUAACAUAUUGUAUAAUUGUAUGUACAAUGUGCACCUGUCAUGUGUUUGUAUUAUGAAAUAUGUUGGGAAAAAUAAAACUCUAACUAUACUGUGUCUCUGAAAA